UUGCUCCGCUUCUGGAACUUUCCUACAUUCCGCCCCCACUACCUCCGUCACCCUUUGAGGGUCGCUAUACUUACCAUGAAGUAGGCUUUGUCAACGAGCUGCCUAUCAAAGGUCGUUAUCACGAAGACGUUGGUAUUGAUCAUAGUAGUGGCAAUAGCAGCGACACUGAUAUUCCGUUGAUCGUUGAUGCAGCCCACUUCACACGUCUCCUGCCUCAAGGUUCAGCUAACUGGACUACAGCUUGCCGUGUUUUGGCCGCGUAUCCCCCCGUUAAGCCGAAUAACCUGACUUGGGGAUGGAACAAGCCCCAUUGGGCAUCAUAUGCUAUUCGUCAUCCGGAUCGUGUGGCAGAAAUGUUAGACUUCGACCGCCUUGAAGCCAUGGAUGUAGUAAGCGAUGCAACAGAAACCAAAACAAUUGUAGAAGGCCUGAGCGACAGUGUGGAGGUUGGAAGUAAGGAGGUGGUGCUGCAUACCCAAGAGGUGACGAAGGAAGAUACCUCAGAUGGCUCGGAAGUAGUUGAUUCUCCCAGUUCUUAUCGUGUGUUGGAGCGUAGGCGCAAAUCCGUCAAGACAACACAGGGUCAGGUACUUAAAAUUUGA